CAGAAGCUCAUCGUCAACUUCUACGGCUCGAAAGGAAAGGCCGAGGUCGCUCACGGGGUGUCCUGCUUCAGCAAGGCAUUCCGCAUCGUUGGCGAUGAGGCACUUUUCGGAUCCAGCAAACAGUUCUUGCCCCGAAAGAUGCGGUCUGCGGCUGCGAACAUGACACUAGGCGUGCGAACUGCCUUUCGUCGUCGUCUAGAGCGGUGGAAGUUCUACAACGACCGCGUCACCGUCGUUCAAGACUGGAAUUCCACCGCCGUGGCGCUCAAGUACUUCACUGGCGCAAGCAACCAGUCCGUCCAGUCGGACGGUGACAUACGGCAUCAUCUCAGCAAAGGAAAGUUGGACAUGGGUGACUCCCUGGUGGCCAAUUGGUACUUGGCAGUCCGGUUGUCUUUCCACGAACCAACAUCGCUUCGCUUGUCCGAGGACAUCGAGAAUUUAAACAUGUACACACUAGUUCAAAGGUACGAAGACCCACUUGCACCCCCGCACCCCCCAACACAUAGGCGCUGUACCGGUCACUAGUGUUUGAUCUUGCCAGCCUGUAGGAUCACUGCAGUGAGCCCGGUGCCUCUCCUGCAGAACUGGCAUGGUUGCGAAAGUGAUGCUUCGUAAUCGUCUUAGUAUACGACAUGUUAAAGGUGGUCAGACCCCUGUAAUACGAUUACUAUUGUAGCGCAUACGGACGAAGACGCAACAAGGAAUACGAAAGACAGACACGUAACUUUCAUGUUUCUUCUUGCUUCCCGGUCUGCAUGCGCUACAAUAAUAUUCCAAGAUUUCAUACCAACAGGCCCGCAUUGUAACGCUAUUUGGUAAUAAGACAUUAUAAAAAAUUUGCCUCUGCUGUAGCUUGGCUGGUUAGUUGAGUCGUUGAGUUCGUAGGCGCCACCAGGGAUGACGGUACGAGCUGUCAUCCUCACAAAUUGUGCCUUGCAGUGGUGCGACAAAGCUCACUGUAAGGCUAGCUCGUUGCUAUAUAUAUCGGUGCGCCCCUAAAUCGAGUGGAUUCUAAAAACGAGGUAGUGAAUCACUGUUAUACAGGUGAUGAGAUUUGCACAAUAUUUAGCGAGCCAGAGUCGUCUUGUCGAACAUAUUGCGCCACAGGAACACGCUCUGUAGGAGCUUUUUGUGUAAUUGGAAAAUUCGUAUCAAAAGAAUUAUUUGAACGCAGCUCUUGCCUUCGUUGGUCUAGCUCUUCAGUUAAACAAAAUUUGUCGAGGUCUCACCAAGGCCAAGCCACGCUUUUCAACUUCUGGCCUUAUGUCAUGUUUUCUAGCUGCGCGAUCGUACAGAGUUCGCAAUUGUGCUUUUGCAAAGCCUGCAUUUGGCGCAUGCGCAGUGGAAAACAGUCGCCGGACUUCUCCCUGCUGCCGUACGCGUUCGCCUUCCCAUACUUCGAAGAGGGGGCAACGCGUGCUCUCAACUACGCCGGCGUGGCCAGCUACAUGGCGGAGGCGCUGAGCCUGCUCUUCCUCGACGCCUACGACAACGAAGCCGAGAGCGCAGCCGCACUCACGGAACACUUCGAGUGCAUGGAGGGCGACGUGCCGGACGUGCUCGGCCGGAAGAACUGGGCUCGCCGCAUGGAGCCCGUCUCCCUGCAGGUGGCGCUGGACGCCUACCACUCGGCGGGCGGCGCGGACACCGCGGCCGGCGACCAUCGGCUGGAGGGCCUCGAGUUCCUCUCGCAAGAACAGCUGUUCUUCGCGGCCGCAUGCUUCACCCGUUGUGCCGGCAGCGGCACUUUCUCGGCACGCAGCGGUCAAGCACGAUGCGACGCCGCCUUUAGACACGUCGACGAUUUCGCCGCCGCGUUCAGCUGCCCCGAAGGGUCGCCACUCAAUCCGGCGACGAGAUGCCACAUCCUCUGACCGAGAGGCUCGGACGCAUCUUUCAUUUUAUUCGUUAUUAUUGGUGUUCCUUUUUUUCUGCUUUUUGUUACGAAUGUUGUUGGUACGGUGCGCCACGUUUCGUGAGGAUCGAGGACACGAACUUCUUGUAUAUACAAAACGCGUAUAAUUUCGUAAAAUUUCAUAACGCGCAUAUUCAAUAUGACUUUCUAUCAUACCACGCUUCAUGACGUCCUCAUUCUUUUCACGUAUUACACUGCCAACCGCGUCGGUCACUGCGAUAAGAUAUGACAAGCAGUGCGUAAUUCUAGCUCUUCGUGCAUCUUGCUUUCUAGGAACGUAACCACAUUCCCCCAAGUGUCGUUGCCAUCACCGAUAACGAACUUUGUUUUCACGUGAUGUUAGCAAACAUUGGAUAACCAGGAGGAGCGGGAUGAUGUAUAUACGGUCCUGUGGGUAAUUAUGAGUAUACCUUUUGCACAUUGCUAACAGCCAUGUGCGCACACUGGUUUCAUGCCAUCAUUAGGAAAGACAGACAUUCCGGCAUGCGUAGAACGUGCGCAGAAAGUUUGUAGUACUUACGUCCUUACGCGAAGAAAUGUGCCUUCUGUCAUCUACACGGCUUUACGCGAGUGACAACUCACUAUGACGGUGCUGCAGCUAUUUAGUGCUAAAAGCAGCACUAUCAAGUUUCGCGUUGUACGCGUUCUUUUAAAUAUACUGAGCGACUGGGGCAUCAAAGCUGCUUCACUUGGCUGUUGCAAUUAGGGUGGCAAACGUGCGAGCGGUCGGCAUGGCCACGCAGCGGCCAAGUUGACGGGUGAAAGCUGUGCAUUGAAGCCGUGUGUUGCACAUUUUAGUAUCGUACGGGCGGAACUGUCCACAUAGACACACUGUUUGCAUAUUGGCAUGCUGCUCUAAGAUGGCAUGUAGAACUUCCCUCACAAUGGUGGCCAGAA